GUCACAUUGCCGGAUCGAAGGACGGAUGCUUGUUAUCAUCAUAUCAUAUGUUAUUCGAUUUUCGAGCCCUUGACGGUCCUAGGAAAAUAUCCCACCUUUUCGCCUCAUCAAAUCGUAAUUCAUUCGUGCUUUCCUCUGUGUAAAUUUUCAUCAUCGAUCUCAUUUCUUGUUACAAAAGGUGAUUGGAAUAAUUUCGAUAACCGUUUCGAUCCGAAAGUCGUACGCAUCAACUAUCUCCCUAAUCAGGUCUGUUGUAUUCUAUCUUCUUGUACAUGUUACAGAUGUAUUCCCGUUCUGUAGUCCGGUCUUUACUGGCUCGCCAGCUCGCCUACAAGCAACUGGCGGCAAACAGCAGCACGACCGCAGCUGCCGUGUUCCAGGACAAGCCGAAAGCACCCGUACAGGGUGUCAUGCAGGUGCUCGAGGACAAGAUCGUUGGCCGUGAUAUUGUCGGCUACGGUAUAAAUGGUGAACCCCAGUAUUUCGACAACAUCACAUACCCGUUUCCCAGCGUCCGGUUCGGGAAGAACACACCCGAAGUCUUGGUAGGAAUAUUUUGCUCCAAUUAAAUUUAAUACGCACAAAUGUUGUUACCUCCUUAUUUUGCCUGUUACAAAACUCCCGUUGUAUGUUAAACAUAUUUUUUACACAAAUAAUGCCCCGAAAACUAUGCUUAUGGCAUAAUUAUUCAUUCGUAAUAUUAUAUUGUCAUUGGUAUCGCAUUAAUAUAAUGAGAAUGUAUUUUUAGCUGGAUGUAUGAACUUAUCAACGUGUCAUGAAUACCUGAAAUUUAGGCACAGGUAUAGCCUGGUAUAGGUAUAAUAUAGUGUUUUCCAGAAACUGAUGGACCAGUGUCAAUUUUUAUCUCGAUUUUCAUCGUUUCAAAGUGAUAUAAACUUGGUGUGAUCACUAAAAAGUGAACAGUAAAAAAUAAUGUUACGAAAGUCACUAAUUGACCCCAUCUAGAAUUAGGUACAUAAUAAUUAACUAUAAAAACUAUAAACUGAAAUAUUACUGAAGAAUGGAUUUUCAUACAAAUUAUUUGUGUUAUUAAUUUUUGUGAUAUUGGGUCACUAAUAUUAUUUCAUUGCUAACUGUUUAAUUUUUUUUUAAAAAAUCUGUGGCUAGAGACUUGGACAUUAGGUUUCUAAUUCGGGCUCGGACACAGUACUUGCAUGCAUGGGAACUAGUUUGGUUUAUGAUUUUAAUAUACUUUAUGAUUCAAUGAUAUCAUGUGAUCUACCAACACAGACAAGGUGAACAUUAAUCAAACUAUGUAUCCUGUGAUCAUGGUGUAUGCUAAAUAUCUUAUAAUCAUGACCAACCAAUCAAUUACAAUUGACCGGUAGACCGUGGAUGAUUUAAAUGUCAAUCUCUCUUUUGUUAGAAUUUAUUUUUAUGUAAUUAGUUGUUAAAUAUUAAUUGCUGAUUAUUUUUGUCUUAAUAUAAUAUCAUUACUUUGUUGUAAAUUUAUCAAGUGAUACAAUUUACAGUAUUUAUACUGGCAGUUAUGUUUGCAAUAUUAUUAUAUUAGUCUCAAUAAUAAUGUGAAGAAAAUCAUUAUUUAACUAUAUAUUCUAUGUUUAAUUUUAAUACCUAUUAGGUAAUUUAUACUUGAGAAUUUUUGUUAGGAAGUAGAUCCUCAAAGGAAAAAAAGUUUGGCUACCCUUGAUUUAUGCUAAUAUCUCGGACUAAUGGUAUUGAUAAUUUUGUAGAUUAUGUAGAUUAAGGAAAGUGCUUAAAAUUGUAGUCUGAUAGAAAUGAUAUAAUAAUGGUGCAAAAAUAACCAAUAGUAAAAAAAAAAAAAAAAUCUAUGUAGUAUUAAAAUUAAAUUGUGGCAAUUGCAUGAGAAAAAAUGUUGAAUAUUCAAUGUUAUAUAAUUGUUAGAAGUUAAGAGCAGCUCUUGAAUGAGCCCCAAAGGAAAAGGCCAGGAGGCAGGUCCAGAAAAAGAUGGCUGGAUGGAGUAGAGGAAGAUUUAGAGAGGCUGAAUAUUGAGGACUGGAAAGAUAUAGUGCAAGAUAGAGUGGUGUGAUAUUUUGGUGAUGGCUAAAACUUUUAUAGAGUGAUUUCGCCAAGAGAAGAAGAAAAAUGUUAUCUAAUCGUUAGUAGUAAUAGUUAAAGUAAAUAAUUAACAAUACAGAUGUGCCCCUAUAAGUUAAAGCUUAUACUUAGCGAGCAGUUCUCACUAAUAAAUGUAUGGGUAUAAUAUAACAUAUAUUAUUGAAAAACAAUGAAUGUUUCAAAUAUUAAACUAUUAACAUGUUUUAUAAUAAUAACAAAUAAGAAUAAAUUGUUUUCCAAACUCUUAAUCUAACCCUUUUGCGGUCAAAUUUCAUUCAUUGGCCGCACAAACAAAUAAUAUCAUGUUCAUUGUGCACACAUAUUUUUAUUUAAAAGUAGCAAUAGAUAAACAUUAUUUAGCUUAAUUUAAUGAACGACGUCCUUUUACAAAAUAUAACUAAAAGGAAAAAGAAUGACAUUAAAUUGAACAAUUAAACUGCCAAACUUAAAAAAUUGGUAUAAAAAAGAAAAAAAUACAACAAACAUAUCAUAACAUUUAUAGAGAAAUAAAUUGUUGCAAUAUGCAAUUAUAAAUUAUAUAAAUUGUUUGUUGAUACAUGUAUUCAAGCUUCAAACCUUUAUUUUUUUUUAAUAACUGUGGAAUUUAGAGUUAGUACAUAUAAUAAUUAUAAUAAUGAUGACAUAAUUACAGGCUCUACGUGAGAAAGAAAAGGGAGACUGGAAAAAAUUAACUUUGGAAGAAAAGAAAAAAUUGUACCGAGCGAGUUUCUGUCAGACAUUAAUCGAAGCAGAAACACCAACUGGCGAGUGGAAAGCUAUAUUCGGUUGGGUUAUGGUCUGGACUUCGGUAGCUAUUUUGUCCUUUGUCGGAGUUCGAAAAUUCUGUAAGUGUCUUAAAUAAAACAUUACACAGAUCGGUUAAUCUUUAUGGUUCAUUUAUGUCGUCUAAUUCAUUUUUCUAGUGACAAACACUGCUGAUGAUCCUUCACUGUCGUUAGAAUCUCGUCAAGCACAAUUAAAACGUAUGAUUGAUUUGCGUGUUGAUCCUAUUGACGGUUUGUCAUCGAAAUGGGACUAUGAUAAUAACACAUGGAAAAAGUAAAUGUUAGACUAACUUCUGUGUAUAAUUAUAUUUGUAUUUUAAUAUAUUAUGUAAAAAACCAAAAUAGUCAACUGAGAGAAUAAAAUAAACAGACUAUAUGUUAAUUGUGAAAGAAUGUUUUUGUUGU